CCAACGCGUGAACAAGUCAGCAGGAAACUCUGCUAGUUUGGAUACUCAUCGGCAAUUGAAACUUUUCGGCGGCGCCAUGCCGCUUCUGCAACAGGAUAAUGGUCGUGGCGGCGGUUCGAGAGAGAACCGCCGCUCUUUUGCGGAGUUUUUGGGAUUCGAUGCGUCUCAGCUCACGGAACCAGCAGCGGCCCCAAGGGCCUCGCGCAGUAAUGAAAGCGAAGAGUGGCACUGGGACACGCCGGCGAGCCCGGAGGCUGCGCCGACCCCUCGCUCGCUAGUGCCGUCGGCUUGCUUCCCGCCGCGACACCCCACAGCAUUUACUAGCUACAGUGAGCGUGCGCGGCCCGGUAGUUGGGCGGAGGAACCCUCCAGCCAGGGCAUUACCGACCUUGUUGCUAGCCUGAAGGCUCUGACGCUGCCCCCCAAGAACAUAUCGCACACGCCGGGCCGGAGCUGCGACUCGCUGCAUACCUCUGUUACUACUUCGUAUCAUGCUACGGUUGAAUCUCAUUGGUCCUUGGAACAAAAUCAAACGGUUAACCGUAAAAAAGAGCUGCUACCUCGCCGGUCAUCUUUUUGUGGUGCAGUAGGGGGUGGUGAAGAAGCAGCUCUAGUAUGGAGCGGACCGUUACCCGCCCGUGCGUUGGAUGGAGGCGGAUAUUCGCCCAAAGUGUUCCUGGGAGGCUUGCCCUGGGAUAUCUCGGAGCAUACGCUGAUGCAAGCGCUGAGGAACUAUCAUCCUGUGCGCGUGGAAUGGCCAGGUCGUACGGGCACAGUACCGGACGGGCCGCGCGGGUUCGCGUACGUGACGUUCGAGAGCGAGCGAUGUGUGCACGCGUUACUUGCAGCUUCCCGCAGGAACGGGAACAAGUGGCACUAUCGCAUCUCGUCCAGGACUUGCAAGUCUAAAGAGGCAGAAGUAAUUCCGUGGAGUAUACACGACAGCAGCUGGGUACGUGGGGGGUCAGCGCGGUUGGAACCAACCAGGACUGUAUUCGUGGGAGCCCUACACGGGAUGCUGUCUGCGCAUGCGCUGGCCACUAUUAUGAAUGAUCUGUUCGCGGGAGUUGUUUAUGCUGGCCUAGACACAGACAAGAACAAGUACCCGAUCGGUUCUGGUCGCGUGACGUUCAACAACGUGCGCUCGUACGUGCGAGCCAUCUCCGCGGGCUAUGUGGAGAUACGGACAGACAAGUUUACUAAAAAGGUACAAGUGGACCCAUAUCUAGAGGACUCGAUGUGUUCACUGUGUAAUGUGCACCAAGGGCCCUACUUCUGCAGAGAACCUUCAUGCUUUAGAUACUUCUGCCGUUCCUGCUGGGCCUGGCAACAUCCGACAGACAAUCACAAGCCCUUGAUGCGCAGUUUCAAGACUAAUCAACCCGUUACCGCCACCAUUGGCAACGGAAACGGAAAUGGGAACAACGGAAAUAUGCACUGCAAUAACGGAAACGGACAAAGGCAAUCCCCGCACAGCGACCAUAGCAGCAUCAGUGGGGGGUUCGGGGCUCCUAAUGAUUUGACACCAUCCCCAUCCACAAGUGCAGCGAGCGGUUCCAGCGAGCCCGCCACUGAAGAGGUCGGCGAGUGGCCGCUGCACUAGCCCGCGCACUGACGCCACUUUGACACCUGUCAUCUGUCAAAUUUGACACCUGUCAGUUUGACGUGUUGACAGAUGACAGUGACAGGCGUCACAGACCACCCGACGCAACCCGUCACAGCUUGUCGCGACACUCCGUGUUGCACGUUGUCGAGCCGCUAUUAAGUUGGGCGCUUCGCCAGCAUCCGCUUUUAACUUAGAUUUAAGGUUGAUUCCAUGUUUUGACGUGCAAAUGCAUUCCAAUAGUAACCGCACGUCGUUGUUAAUUAUUUAUUUGUUAAACAAAUUAUUUGUUUGUUAUAAAAAUGAUUAUUGUUGAUUUUUUAAUUGUACCAAUCAGGUAUCGAAUAGUGAUUUGCACAUGCGUUCGUAGCGUUGCCUAAACUUGGCAAUUUUAAACAAUUUUAAGGUGCCUAUCGGUUUAGGCAGUUAAAACGUUUUAAAGUUUUAAUGGCUUUUAAUAAAUUGUGAUUUUUAUAGAAUUUUAGAUCUCUACGAAUAUGCUGAUUUUAAAGUGCUUUUUAAUUUUAAUGUAUAAAAAUGUUACUGCAAAUAAAUAUUAUGAA